AUGGGACGGAUGACAGAACAAUUCCCAAUUCGCUUAGACUGCUUCUGGUUAUCACUGGAAAUUAAAGUACCAUUCCACAUCCAUUUUCCCCACCAGGGAGCAACUCAUUACAAGAGGUGGAAGCUGCUGCCCUCGCGGAAGGGGAUCUGGGCGGGAUACGAAGUCAAGUGGAAGAACAUGUACGAGCCUUUCUUCAUCUCCAGGAAUUCCGCGCCCUCCUUCGACGAGAGAUUCCGCAAUUACGGCUACGACCGAUCUGCUUAUAUGUGCGAACUGCACGUGGCUGGCUACCGCUUCGCCGUGUUGGACAACGCCUACAUCCUCCACGACGGCUUCAAGGAGGACAUCUACUUCUCGUAUCCCCACGCCCGCGAGGGCCUGAAGGCGAAUGCCAUCGUGAGCCGAAAAUUCCGCGCCGAGCUCCAGCUCAAGUACAACACGACUUGGAGGAGUUGCGAGUCCUGGUUCUUGCAUUCCAUUGAGUUCUUGCACGUUUUCAUCGGCACCGUCAUAUGA